AAUUUUAUAAGGGUUCAUAAAAUCAACAAUAACAUAAGCUGCAUCGUUUGAAAACUGCUCCGACCGCCUUUUUUUUGUAUUUAUUUUAACUAAAAUUUAAAAAUGAACAGGGUAAGAAAGACUACUGUAACGAGCACAGUCCUUUUGGCAUUGGAUCAGACCAAAGAGAAGUAUGUAAUGUUAAACAAACCAUCAAAUGUGCCGUAUCUGACGAGCCUGAUACCUCAAGAAAUUCUUAUAAAAAUCUUUAGCUAUUUUGACCUUAAAGACUUGGUGAAACUAGCUGGUGUGUGUAAGUCUUGGCGCGACUUAAUCCACGGCACACCACAAUUUUGGUGGAACGCCCACCUAAAACUUUCAUGUAAAAAACAGUCCAAGCUAAGACAAAACUCUUACUUGUUCGCCAAACUUUACGGAAGUCGGUGCCGGAAUUUGGUGAUCAGUUGCGAGCACCGGUUCCACUAUCUCGGCUGCUGUCGGACAAUGAUCGUCUAUUUAAGAAAGUUAUUACUCCUUUUACAUCCGCCAAAUUUGACGUCAUUGAAAAUAUCUGACGCACGGAUAGGUUGCGAAAGAGAGUCCGUUAUGUCAAGCAUCCUUCAAAUUCUGACACGAAUGCUGUCCAGAUUUGACCGUCUAGAAUGUUUCGCGAUGCCGUUUGCGAAAUGGCAAGUCCUCGAAGGCACCAAAGUCUUUGACGCCGUGAUAUCCGCGUCUAAGGAAACACUUCAGAUUCUAAUGAUUGAAGGCUUUUUCCAUAUACUUAGAGAGCUUAUAGUCGGCAUACCUGUAGAUUUUGAUGCUGUGACCAACAACAUACUUUCUUUAAAAAAUUUGAAAAAGCUGGGGAUCGACUACUUUGUUCUGACAGAUGAUUUUGUUAAUGCGCUGUCUACUUCCUGUAUAAAGUUAAAAACAUUGAGAAUAUGUGUGCCUUUUUGUGGUGUUGAUACAAAAAUCAUCACUCAAAGCUGUUGGGUUAAUUUGGUAAAAGAUUUUCCAACGAUGACAGUUGAGUUAUCAUUUGCUGGCCUUUUUGAAGACCCUACUGUGUCCAUUCCUGCUGUUUUGGAUCCAGUUUUACCCAUCAACAAGAUCCGGUUGGACUUGCGAGACGGUUACAACCGCCAUACCGAACCGAAUAUUGGGGCUGUGCUGCUACAUAUCUCGACCCACUUCAGUCGUUGUCUGGUCAAAUUUGAGAUGGACAUAGAUAAUUUCGACAACCCGAUUGACGGAGCCUUAGAGAUAUUAGUCAGGAAUUGUCAACGUCUUCUACAUCUAAAGGCCUCGGCUCACUUUGCUAGUCCACAUACACGACAGAGAGUUCUGGACCUGAUACAAGCCAGAAGGCAAAGGCUCAUAGAAUGUAAACAUCUAGAGAUAUCCAACAAGCGACGAAAAUUAAACCCGCCCGACGGCCCAGGUUCGAGUACCGCCACUAGAGAGAGUUAGGGAUCUAAGUGCAAGAUAAGGUCGGAGUAAGAUAACACUGUCCAUGGGUCAGUCUAUCUCCACGGAAACAAUGCCAUCUAUUAUAGGAAGCAUUUAUAAUGUUUACCAUCUGUAAUCAGCUACCAUCAUAAAAUAUUUAAUUGAAAUGAUUGUUUUCAGCUAUUUAAAUUGUUGAAUAAAAGAGUC